GUAUCAUGAUGCGCAUACAUCCCAAUCGACUCGAACAUGCAAAACCAAAUAGACCAAAAUGAGGAUACAUUCCUGCAGUUUCAACGAGAAUAACGACUCCGAUGGGGAGAGUGUAUAAGAUUACGAUGCAGCGAAUAAGCUGAACGGGAGCGCAGAAUAUACAGAAAAAGUUCCGCUCGCUAGGAGUCGUAGAAAAGCUGUUGUAAGCUAUGUGGCGAAAGGCCUAAUCAGCACCAGAGAACGUGCAACAGAUUUUGAUGGCGUCUGAGCGGGCGACACAGAAAAAGCACGUAUCGGCCAUGUUGUGUUUGGUCAAUCGUGCUGCACAAUGUCACGACUGACGUUCUCGGUUUCAGGGACAGCACAGUGUGAAGUUGUUAGAGGUAGUCACCUCACUGAUGUGCGCUACGUUGGAACACCUUCGUACGAACCCGGAACUGUUCCUACAGAUGACCAAAACGGAUCUACAGCUUAAGCUGUACGGUGCGGUUGGCUGCGAGUAUGCGGAAUAUUCAUAUGGUUGGUAUGGUAUCAAGGUUGCCUGCCACCAGAAACGUUGGUGGAAAUAAUGAUUGAUUUUGUGCUCAAUAACUGUGUAUUCGAGGAGGACGUGUGACUCAGGGGGAUAUGAUCGUACAUGAGCUGGGAAUGGUAACCAAGCAGCUCGAUCGUGUUAUGCGUGACAAAUUGAGGACUCAUGUUUGUGUUUCUGCUUCACGUCUACAGAUAUAAUAUCUGGCUUCGUACUCCAAUACCAUUCUCUCUGUUUCUAACUGUCCAUUCAAUUCAAUUCCUGUUGACCAAGGGGGACGAAACAGCCAAUAGCAGUAGGUAAUUAAGUUUAUGAUGUCAAUUUCGUGAAAUUGAUAAAAAAGAGAACGAAAAGGAAAAUUCUUUCGUCCUUUUGUGUAGUCUCACACUAAAAGGGACACCCAUUAUUAAAAGGUGGAAGUAUCUUUAUAGUGCUGUAUUAAUUUCUUUUCUACCAGGUUCAUUUUGCGUGAUUCAAGGAGCAUCGGGUUUUGUAUAUAAUUAAAAUUAGGCGUCCCUUUUGAUUCGCUGUAACAAAAGAAAUAAUUUACUAUAAAUUACAAUCUCGAAUAGAUCGAAUCUCUAUAAUCGAAAGCGAAGGUUCAUUAAUAGUUAUCUUUCCUCACCACACUUAACUCUCGGCGAGCAUAUCCUCUUAAAGUAGAAUCAAACUCAAGUAGUAGUCGAGUGAACUAUAAAAACAAUCAUUCAUUCAUUAUCAGGCACUGAAAAUGUUAAUUCCUAUAAAACACAAUCUAAACAUUUGUUUCAGCUCAUUUGUACUUCGACGGUGUUGCACAGUUGACCGUUAAAAGUUGUACGAUACUCGUGAGUUCCUCUUUCGUGCCUAAUUAAUAAUACUAUGUUGCUUUGGUGGUUUUGGUUAUUCGGAAUUGCCCAUAUCAUACUUGCCAAUGAAAAUGUAUUCGGCGAGUACAGCGUGUUUGGACCAUCGCACUUCAUAUUGGAUGCGCUUCGUUUGCCUAACGAUACGCUUUGUGAUCGACAGCUCAAGGCAGUGGUUACUGGUUUGAAAGCAAAAGAAAUCUGGUCAUUGGAAUUCGCAGAUGCAUGGGGUAAGUGGCCGUCCGGUGUGUUAGCCGGUAACCUCUACGAGCUGGGUAACUAUGAUCAAUGUGUUGGUCUGCGACACGACAUCAUUGAAGGGGCAUACUGUUUGCUUACCAUUUCCCUCGAGCAUAUACUACCUGUUCCUACGCAACGUAUCAUGCCGGGCACAUCCAAAGGUGCAUGGACAGUUCAUCUAGGGUCCUGUAUACCGACAACCUGCAGUCCAGCAUACUUUCUGAAGCUACUUAAUGAGACCUAUCCUGCCUUGCCGGCCAUUGAUAUGGUGUGCAACUCAAUACCGCCUUCGAUUGGCACUGUUCAAUACGUCGCUAUAUUCAUAUUUGCUCUGAUCGGAUUAUUGAUGUUCGUGAGUACAGCGUAUGAUACACUGGUACGGUGGAUUAGGUUUAAACCUCGGUACAACCUGGUCAUCUUUUCGCUGUAUUCCAAUGCUUUGAAAUUAUUUGCAACUACCAACCAUCGAGACUUUGGAAACGAGACAGGCAAACCCAGCACUAUCAAGUGUAUCAAUGGAAUACGCGUACUCUCAAUGGUUUGGGUCAUCUUUAGCCAUAACUAUGUUCGCAUCGGAAUGAUACCACUAGUUAACUCCCACGUGAUUCUCACGUGGAUCCGGUCCUAUCACAGCAUGCUUGUCGUGGCAUCCACCGUUUCUGUCGAUUCGUUUUUCCUAAUCAGUGGACUUCUGACCUGUUGGAGUAUGCUGAACGAGUUGGAUCGAAACGGCAGACUUAAUUUACCGUUGAUGUACCUGCAUCGCUACCUCCGACUAACACCAGCCUUAGCAGCUUUAAUCCUAUACUCUGCCACACUAAUGCGCUACAGUGGCUCGGGCCCAUUUUGGGAUGGCGCCAUGUCCCUAACUGCCGAUACAUGCCGCGACUACUGGUGGUCAGCUCUCCUCUACGUACAGAACUACGUUAAUCCUCGCGAGAUGUGCCUUGGGCACUCCUGGUAUCUGUCGGUGGAUAUGCAGCUUUAUCUUAUUGCGCCUUUUCUAGUCUACCCACUGUGGCGUUGGGGCCGUAGAAUUUUGCUUCUUUUAGGAGCGCUGUUGCUUACUUCGAUGGUCACUGUGUUCGUACUGUUUCUCAUGCACAACCUGCGCCUUUCGUUCCUUGCGGUGGAUUCCGACCGUGUUCGACAUUCGUACACAUACUACCCAACUCAUACACGAAUGGGCGCGUGGCUAGUGGGGCUCGCAUACGGAUAUACCCUCCAACGUACCCGAAAAAAUCGCGUGCAAAUGUCACCAUUGGCUGUGUCCGUCGGAUGGACUGCAGCCUCGGGUGCCAUGUUGACCAUCAUACUUGCGGCCUAUCCUCUACACCAGACAGAUUACAAAAAUUUACCAAUCAUCGCCGACGCCACGUACGAAGCACUCAACCGUGUCGCUUGGGCUGCAGCCGUCGGAUGGGUCAUAUUCGCCUGCGUGAACGGGUACGGCGGAGCUGUCGAUCACUUUCUUGGAGCAACCGUAUGGCAACCACUGGGGCGCCUCUCCUACUCGAUCUAUUUGCUACACCUUCCCAUCCAGUUGAUGAUGACUGGAGCCGCCCGACACUCCUUCUAUUUUAGUGAUUUACUUGCCGCGUAUCAGUUUUGGGGAGACAUCGGAUUUACUUUAACACUUGCAGUAUUCUGGACACUGCUGUUUGAAUCGCCGGUGAUCGGACUGGAGAAAAUACUGUUUGGCCGUGCUAGACGAAACUCUGACCGACAACCAUCAAGAAUUGCACAGAGCACCGAUACAAUUACGAAUAGCCGGGAUAUGGCUCCGAAACCUUCUACUGAACGAUGCGAUUUUAGAAAAUUCAGAAACAGAAAGCUAUCAGUAUAAAAAACACAUUGCUCACACGUUAUCAUCAUAACCACUGAUGAUGAAGUAAGAAAUAAAUAUUUUUCAGUCAUUAAUAUUUUCGAAUCGACUAGCAUUACGAGAAAAGGUAACUAUGAAAAAAAACAAUCAAAUUCCAUAAAAGUUUUUAAGAAUUUAUUUGAUUUAAUUGUAAACAGUUUGGUUCAUUCCUGAAAUGGUAACGAUAGUACUACUGAUGGUUUAUAAUAAAUGCUACAACAACUACAUAAAUGACACUUUUAUAAAAAAUUGUUCUCGGCCGUUUCGUCUUAGUUAAAGCACAUUUUGGUGCUGUGACACUUUGAUUACGUCUGAUUUAUAACGAUUAGAGCAAUAUCAUAAGAAUUUUACGAAGGGCAAUAUGUUGUGUCAUCUCUUGCAUAUCUCUUACAUUUGAACGUCCCCUUACAUUCUAUGAAUGCCUUGAUUUCGAGCACACAUUGUAAUAUGACUUGCCAUUUGCUUCCUAUCCAUGUAACAUGGGCAAUGAACGCGUAGUAUUAUCUGUCUAAUUAACAUCUACGAUGCAUACAUUGUAAAGAACCUUCUCCAAACAGUGAAACAGACAAGGGUAGAUACUUCAUUAGGUUUUCAAUUUUGCUGAAUCUAUUCUUCUUAAACUAGUUUUCCUAUAAAUAAAUUAAAGUAUUUUAAACAAUGCUUCUAAGCGCUAAAAUAACCGUUAUGCUAAGUUACCCAGUGCAUUAACAAGUCAAUGCUAAAAUAACUUGUUGGAACUUAACUACCAAUUAAACUUUUAUAUUGCAUGUAUCACCAAGUAUGGCGCAGGUAUAAUUUCACCUUGAAGUAAUUACAGUAAAUAAAAAAUAAAACGAAGUGAGAAACAACCAUGUAACUAAAAAACCACUAGCUUUCUAUUUCCUAUUAAAAAUAUGCAAAACUAGAACAAAACGAACAAUUUUAAUUUACAAUUCACGCUGCGCGAUAGGACUAACUAUGGAAAACAAACAUGCAAACGGGAAUACAAACGGGAGCUAAAGCAUAAAAACAUUUCCAAACUCAUCUAAAUCUGGGCUUUUGCACAGUCGUAUAUAUCUUGGUUUCUGUUGACAAUUUUUCGAAAGCAUUCGAACAUAAACAUAAACACGAUUUUAACCUUUUAAUCUACAGUAUUACAAAACAAAUAAAGAAAUGAUACGGAGUUGUGAUGCUUCCUCAUGCUAACGUACUGGCAUGUUCAGUGUUGUAAAACAUUUUUACUUUUCCUCUA